GUUUGCUUCGCCGGCGGCGGGGCCCGAGCUUUUCAGGCGGAAACUCGGGGCGAUCCGGAUGGAGGGUGGCGAAAGAAACCUCGUGACUCUCCAGCUUCCACGCUUUGGCUGCUCUGCUGCUAUUACAAGCCAGUAGUGGGAGGCGGGAGUUGCGUCUUGCUUUGAAUGCUUCCCUGGAAGAGUACAAUAAUGUAGCUUCAGCGGAGGGGGAAGGAAGUAGAUCUGGCUUUAUUUCAAGAAAUCGCCUGCUUUUGAAGAAUUCUGGCUGCACAGAUAUGUGAACUCUGUAAUACAGAAAUAGCAAAAUACAGAUGCCCUCGAUGUAUGAAAUAUUCAUGCAGUUUGGCUUGUGUAAAAAAACAUAAAGCUUUAUACAGCUGUAAUGGAAUCAGAGAAAAGGCGGCCUUUGUUUCAGUGAAUGAGUUCAGCAACUUAACUCUUCUAAGUGACUAUCGGUUUCUAGAAGACGGGGGAAGAAUGACUGACCGGGCUGCUCGAGAUGUUCUUUCUCAUAAACCCAAAAGUAAUCGAUUUGUAAACUUUCUGAGAAACCGAGCUCGGAGGUGCAAGAUCUGCUUACAAACUUUACCCAUUGGCUUCACAAAGAGACGAGAGAAUUCUACAUUUUACAGCAAUAAGGAGCAAAAGUUCUAUUGGCACUUGAAGCUCAUAUUUCCUCAGAGUCAUGCUAAAUUCACAGAACAAAGGGUACCAGAUGAUAAACCAUUGUGUGAUAUUUUGAAGACAUAUAUUGAUCCUCACGAAUCUGAUCCUGUCAAGCAGCAAAGAUUAAAAAUCUACACAAUAUCUCCCCAGUCAGACAUACAAAUUUUGAUGAAAGUAGAAAAUAGGCCAAAUAAUUCUAUCAGGUAUCAAGAAUUGGAUGCCAAUAAAAGCCUUCUAGACAAUUUGAAAGGGAAGGUUGUCAUUGAAUAUCCAACUCUGCAUGUGGUAUUGCGGAAAUUCACAACAGAUAUGGUGAUUCUUGGCCAGAAUGUAAACAAAGAAAUCAAUACAUCUAAUGAAGACAUGAUUAAGGAAAAUUCUUCUGAGGAAGAAGGGGAAAUCCAUGAUAGCUCCUAAAGAUAUCAGUGGAAUACAAGUUGGAGUAUUAUUACAUGUAUCAUUUUGAGGACAUAUCCAGCAAAUAUAUUUGUUUUGAAUGUUAUUUUUUGUAUUUUAAAAAAUCAAAAUCUAUAAUCACUGAAAAACAAACUGAACAAAUUUAUUCAAUAAAGAUUAAAGGAUCAACUGUACAAUAGA